UCCACUUAGCUCCAUUGGGUUCCACUCGGCUCCAUUGGGUUCCACUCGGCUCCACUCGGUUCCGCCCGGUUCCAUUGGGUUCCCGGUGGCACCUGGUGGUAUGUGGAGCUGCUUUUUCCCCCUUGAUAGUUUCUACGACAAGUGGAGAUCGUGUUUAUAAGUAAAGCUGCUGUGUAUUUAUUUUAGGCCAGACGUCGAAGCAAGUCUGAGGUGCAGGAUUCACCUUGAUUGCAUUAUGUUCCCGAAGAGAAAGCCGGGUAAAACAUGGUGGAAUCAGUAUGUCAUUUCCAACUGAUUCUGUCGGCCUAAAUGAAAUUUUAUUAUUCUCGAAGAGGAAGCAGAUUAAAAUAAAAUUCCAUAUAGCGAGGAAUUACAAAUAGUUUGUUAUAAGGCAAGAGCAGUUAUAAACAGAAGAAGGAGAAGCAUUCUGCAAAUGGGAAACGGGAUUUCCGAAUAUUCCUCUUCCUAUCAUUCUGUAUUUCGAAUCAAAAGACAAGACAACAUUAUUUUCCGAAACGGAAUGGGGUACCCAAAAUAAGUUUUGCACAAUCGAAAGGUCUUUUCUAAAACCCCAGAGAGUUUUCUACCUUUCGAAAAACGAAGGGUUUUACAGGAAAUAAUUCAAAUACCCGAAAAGGUAUUUUCUAAAACUGACAAACGAAUAUCCUGAUAAUAACUACCUGCUUUUCUCGAUAGAUUAUUUAGUCAAAUAAAAAUGUCAAAAUACCCUACGUGAUGGAAUUUCAUCCUUUUUUGUAUGCUUUCAUUGCACAAAGUUAAACUCUAAAGCGAAGAUAUUCAGAAAAAGAUAUUUUUAACAGUAGUAUAUUGUCUCACAUGUGCUCCUUUUGAUGCAAUUUAAAAUAAAGUUAACAAACUUGUUUAACUCAUCGAAAAAGUAGUUACAAAAACUGGUUUUCCGACUCUAAAACCUGUUCUGAACCUCGCAACUUCGAGAAAAAUAAGCCAUUUUCUGGAGAAUUGAAUUCUAACUACUAGCAUAGUUUUGAAUGUUUCUCAAGAAAUGUGUAGACGAGGAAACUAAAAUUUAAAAUUUUUAGAAAUUUUAACCCUCACCCCUUCUUCCAUUCAUUUCUGAGGCGACUAGACUUAAUGCUACCGAAUACCGACUGUCUCUGGAAAAUGUCUAACUGGAUUUCUAUAAAAAAAAGAAUUCUCUUUUGUCAUAAAUAAAAUAUUUAUAUUUAGUGUCAUACUUGUAUAUAUUCUUCGUUUAAUAACAGAUGCUGAUUAAAAUAAUUUCGUAACAUCACAUAAUACCGGUUAAAUAUAUAAAUCAAUUAAGUUCAGUAUAGUACAGAAAAGAAUAUACACAUAUGUUCUUUCUGUUUUAUGGCUACGAUAGUUCCAUAUUAUUUUCUUCAGACAGAUUGAACAAUACCGUACUUACUCUAACCAUAACUUACUCCAACUCUAACCAUUAGCAUAGUUUUGAAUAUUUCUCAAAAAAAUGCCUGGGCGAGGAAAUUAAAAUUAUAGAUUUAAACUUUUAGAAAUUUUUAAGUCUAUUUUCGAGUUCAGCGUGAAAAACUCUAUUUAAUGAUGUGGCUCUCCAGCUAAAUAGGUAGAAUAAAGGUUUUGAAGCCUCUUCUCUGAACAGGACCGCUAGCAGGUCACACCAAUAACAAGAAAACGUUGUAGAGAAACUCCGUAAUAUCCUGUCUUAAUACCAUGGGCUAAAGAGAAAACCGGAAAGAUACGAUGGUUCUGAUGCUGAGCAGCGAUAUUGGUGCCCGUAUAACUCGAACACUGAACGGGUGCUUUUGCUAAAAAAAGACUAGACAUAAAGCCUUUUACAGACAUGGUAAAUUGUGUUGUUAUUAUUAGCAUUUAUUUAGUUAGUUACUUUCCUCCCUUUCACACAUUGUCUGUUCAGUAUAUAGGAUCAUUGAGUCAAAGACUACUGUAUCAUGCACUUUAGAACAACUCGGUAAAAUGAUGUGAGAGCGUCGUUACGGCAUCGAGAAAAAAGUGUACAUGAGUACAGUUUUCUGAUUUAUCCCAAAGUUUAUUCUUUGUUUCUUUUUAACAGGUGCUUUGGAAAGACAAAUAGCUGAACAAAAUCGUCUAAAAGACAUCGAAAUAGCUAAUAUCAAAGCAACCCUCGAACGACAAAUAGCUGAAGAAAAUCGCGAGAAAGAUAUCCAAAUAACAAAUAUUAAAGCAGCACUGGAUCGACAGAUUGCUCAUGAUAAUCGUGCAAAAGAUAUUCAGAUUGCGGAUUAUCAACGUGAACAAGCAACACAACUAAAUGAACAGAAUCGUUUGAAAGACAUGGAAAUAGCUAAUAUUAAAGGAACUCUCGAACGACAAAUAGCUGAAGAAAAUAGACAAAAAGAUUUACAAAUAGCCAACAUUACAGGUGCUUUGGAAAGACAAAUAGCUGAACAAAAUCGUCUAAAAGACAUCGAAAUAGCUAAUAUCAAAGCAACCCUCGAACGACAAAUAGCUGAAGAAAAUCGCGAGAAAGAUAUCCAAAUAACAAAUAUUAAAGCAGCACUGGAUCGACAGAUUGCUCAUGAUAAUCGUGAAAAAGAUUUACAAUUAGCUGAUGAUAUUGAAAAAUCAACAAUAUUUAAUUCAUAUUUACAAGAUAUAUCAAAUCUAUUAUUGAAAAAUGGUUUAAUUGUAUAUGAUCUCGGUUCCUUGAUAAUGGCUCGUGCGAAAACACUAAUGAUUUUACGACAAAUCGAUCCAAAGCGAAAAAGAUAUCUGAUACAAUUUUUAUAUGACUCAUCAAUUAUUGUUUCAAGCGCACUGGCCAAUUAUCAACAAAUUUCAUCCUCUGCGCCAAGUGAGUGUCAACUGCCACCGAUUGUUCCAAAUGAAAUGAUUGAUGUAGGUGAAACAAUAAUUAGCAGUAAUCAAACACUGGAUAUGCAUGGCGCAGAUUUAAGUAAUUUAGCAUUUCAUUCACGUUCGAGACAAAUGCUUUCGGGUAUUAAACUGACCGGUGCCGAUUUUCUCAAUGCUUCGUUCGUUCGUGCCAAACUCAAAUGGUCAGAUUUUAGUCGUUCAUCACUGCUAGACGUUUUAUACAUUGAUAGCAAUUUAUCGUAUUCGUUAUUUCGUUCGGCUUCCAUAGUUGAUUCAUUAUUCAAAGACUCGGACGCUCGUCGUGCAAUAUUUCGUCAGUCGUUAUUGCUUAACACCCGAUUUGUUGACACUAUUCUACGUGAAGCAGAUUUUUAUCAUGCCUAUUUAGUUAAUACAACAUUCAUUCGUUGCGAUCUGAUGAGGACUGAUUUUUCAAAUUCUCAUUUAAUACAUGUUAAAUUUAUUGAUUGUCAAUUGAGAGGUACAGAUUUUAGUUUUAGUAUUUUAGAACAAAUGGAUUUCACCGCAGUAAAAAUGGAUUGUGUACGUAUGACACAAGCAAAUCUAAAUGGAUCAACUAUUGAUCUAAUUACAGAUGCAUUUGAUGGUGCAAUACUACCAAACGGAACAGUACACCAGUACAAAAAUUUGAUUAAUUGUUCAGAAUGGCUACUGAAUGGUACAAAAAUACCAAAUUGUUCUUAUUUCGGACGUGAUAGUCUAACACAAACAGUCGAUGUACCAUCACAUUAUUUAAAAUUAAUUCAGAAUUAUGGCAUAGCAGAAGUUAAAGUCAUCACGGGGACAAUUAGUGUUAACAUUGAAUUUCUAAAUGAAAAUCAUGAUAUCAUACAAAGCGACGAUUCAUUUCAAAUUCCACAUGAAACAUUGUAUAUUCGACUAAAAGCUGGAAUAAUGAGACAUCAUAGGACGACGAUUGGUGAUAUCCGGUUAUACAUUAUCAAACAAUUCUAG